AUGGCCCACAGCUUCGAAGCCCUAGCUGCGCUUGUCGCCAUUGUACUGAUAUUUAGCCCUUACUUUUAUCGGCUCAAGACUAGUAGUACAACACAUAAGUUUCCUCCAGGACCAAAGCCAAUCCCGAUAUUGGGCAAUGCCCACCAGCUUCCUCCUGAAUAUCAAUGGAGAGCGUUCGCUCAAUGGGCUGAGAUAUAUGGCGACAUCUUUUACUUCAAGAUAUUCCGCAAGCCGGCCAUGGUGAUCACCUCUGUGAUAGCGGCCCAUGAACUGAUGGAGAAGCGAAGUUCGAAAUACUCCGAUCGACCUAGGACAGUCGUGCUGACCGAGUUAAUGCGCUUUGAACCCAAUCUAUCUGUUCUACGGUACGGGGCCCAGUGGCGCCGACAUCGCAAAUGGUUCCAGAGUGCAUUUCAGGUGAAGUCAUCUCAGGACAACCAUCGUCCUCUCGUGUUACGGAACGCGAGGUGGCUGCUGUCUCUCAUACUCGAGAACCCGGAUGAAUUCUCGGGUGCUACGAUGUUGGAGAUUGCUUAUGGUCAUCCAGCAACGUCUCCGGAUGACACAUUGAUGAGAUUAGCAGACGACACUAUCACUAAAGGGUUUACCAUAGGAGGCUCAGGCUCAUCAAUCAUCGAUUUUAUCCCAGCUUUGCGACAUGUACCCAGCUGGAUGCCUGGCGCGCGAGUUCAGCGAAUGUCUCGCGAGCUUUCGCACGUGGUAAGAUCGCUAUACGACAUUCCAUAUGAUAGGGUAAAGAAUGCGAUGGCAAACGGCACGGCAAGAAGAUCGUUUUUGUCCUCUCUUCUUGAAGAGGCAUCUGGAAAAGGUAGCCUUACAGAGGAGAUUGAGCACGACAUCAAGGGCGCUGCAGCCCAAAUUCGCUGCUUAGCCGGGACUGAGACGACUGUCAGCACCAUCAUCACCUUCAUCUUGGCGAUGGUUCUAUAUCCCGAGGUCGCUAAGAAAGCGCAGGCUGAAGUAGAUGCAGUAGUAGGACACUCACGCCUCCCUGAUUUCGAUGACAGGGCUUCUCUGCCCUACUUAGAAUGUGUUGUCAAAGAAGUCUUUCGGUGGGGAUGCCCGGUCCCGUUAGCAUUGGCACACCAAUCUGUAAGCGACGAUGAAUACCGUGGAUACCAUAUACCAGCUGGAACUGUCAUAAUUCCGGACAUCUGGCAGGUGGCUAUGAUGCGAAAUUCGACCAUUUACCCUGAUCCAGAACGCUUCUCGCCUGAAAGAUUUGAGAAUCUCGAUGCCGAUACAAUGGCCAAGAUAGACCCGACAAAGAUCGUAUUUGGCUUUGGCCGACGCAUCUGUCCUGGUCGAACCUUCGGCGACUCGACUGUCUGGCUCGCUUUCGUUAGUAUGCUGUCUGUUUUUGACAUACGCAAGGCUCGAGAUGCAGCUGGUCAAGAGAUAACACCUGCACCAGAUUUCUCUGAUGGGCUCAUUCGUCAUCCUCCUUCGUUCAAAUGCGACAUCACGCCGCGGUCUUCGAAAGCGGCAGAGCUUAUUGCACUUGCGAAUGUAGACUGA